ACCUUUGACAUCUGCUGUUGAAAUCACCUAAGGCAUACUUAUUUAACAUUUUGUCUUUAUCAUCAAUUUUAGCACUUCCGUUUUGUCGAUUUAUUUUGUGAGCGAAAAUUUGGGUUUAAAUGUUAUUUUAUGCGAGGAAAUGAAGUGUUGUGGCAUAAAACCGGAGACCUGUUGCGCCUGCCAAGAGCCGUCGGGUCAAGAUGGACUUAAAUUCAAAAAAGAACCUCAACCAGUAAUUCUGGAUGCCUUAGGACUCUAUCCAGAUGAAUUCUUGAUGACAGUGCUGGAUCGCGUGCUUUACUAUUCCGGGGCAACCAAAAUAAAGCACAUGUUCCAAAUGGCGACCUUGGCUGGAGGUAACGUGGAUGCCAUUGCUGCUGCCGUUUCUGGUGUUGGCGGUGAAACACUCACACCUGCUCGAACAGCUUCCAGCACGUCCUGCGCCAAGGCAACAAGUAAAUGUUCCAUCGUCAGUUUGUUAUGCCCACCGCCAAAAUCUGGCUGCAGCUCGAUAAAGCCAGCUUUAAUACCAUGCAUCAGUUGCUCCAAAUCCAAGCCGCCUACUCCUGUCCGCUCGUCAGUCAAACCGACUUGCCUAAAGUCCUCAUCCAAAUGCCUAAAACCAUCUCCCACAUGUUGUUCACGUUUGAGUGCUGCAAGCUGUUGCCCGCGUCAGCGUUCACCUCGUGUGGAUUUUGCCAAUGCCGUACCCGAUUGCCGUCAAAGUGAACGACAAGAAUCUGGUGGUCUCAGUAUGCGGGAUCGUUUGAAAUAUUCUCUUUCGCUCUGCUCAAUGGCUUGUCGGAAUUUGAAGAGCAAAUUACCCUGCUCCUGCCGCCGAUGCACCACAAAGGAAAGCGAUCGCAACAAGUGGCUAUGGACUCGUUUGAUUAGUACCAAGGAUGGCUGCAAGGUUUAUGAAGUCUACAAGGAUUCCAAUGUGAAUCGAGCUCCAUGUAAUAUGGAAGGUUCCAAAGAGCCAGUAAUUAUAUUCCUAAUCAUGCCAAAUGGUUAUAUAAUGCCAUUUGAAACAUUUUCGUUUUAAUUCCGUCAGCUUAUUGCCAAAUUU